AUGAUAUUUUUUGGAUAUUUCCUCGUAUACAUUGUACGUUAUAAUCUAAGUGUUCAUAUAGUUGAUAUGGUGGAGUUAUCGAAUAAAUUUAUUAUAACCUAUUAUAAUGAGACUGAUAUUUUGAGGACUAAAGCGAAAUUAUAUGGUAUGGAUUUGCUUAAUUGGAAUGAAAAUAAUAUUGCCCUAUUAUUAGCAGCAUAUCACAUUGGAUAUUGUAUUUGUUUUCCAAUAUUCCACACCAUGGGUGAUCGUUUUGGACCUACAUGGGUUGUGGGAGCCGCUGGGAUAUCCUCAGGAAUACUUAAUUGUUUGGUGCCGUCCGCUGCAUGCUUUAGCUUCUGGCUGUUCUUCAUCUUGCGCAUUUUGAACGGAUUUUGUGCGGGUGCAAUGUUACCCAGUAUGAUUCAAGUUUUAAGGCACUGGGUCCCGCCAGUCGAGCGUCAUUAUUUUAUGUGGGCUUAUUGUGGUAUAACAACGGGGACUUGUUCCACAUUCCUUAUUUGCGCGGCAGUUCAAUAUUAUUACAAAUGGUCAGUUGGUUUCUAUGUCUGUGGUGCGAUGCAAAUAUUAUGGGCAUCCAUUUGGCUCCUGGUUGUCAACGACUCCCCCGACAAACAUUCCUUUAUAUCAAAGGACGAACAGAACUAUUUGCGGGACACCAUCGGAUCUGUUUUUACAAUACAUCUAACAAAUUCUCAAGCACCCUGGCAGAUAAUUUUGAGGUCUAUUCCAUUUUGGGCUGUUAGCAUCCUUAAUUUUGGAUACGCAUGGAUAAUUAUCUCAUUAUGUCUUCAUGGACCGAUUUAUUAUACACUUAUAUUGGGCUAUAGUAUUUACGAGGCAUCCGCGCUGACGGCUCUACCAUUUCUUUUAAGAUUGAUUUUGGGAACUAUAUCUAUUCAAAGUUACUUCUGGUAUAAACAAAAUACAAACAUUAAGAGAAUAAAGCACAUCAAGAAGUAUUUUAUAGUUGUUUCUCACGUAAUCCCAGGUGUUUUGAUAUCAGCUGCAUGGUUGGUACCAAUAAACCCUGGGCCUGCUCUUCUGACCAUCGCUGUCGCAUUGACAGCUGCUGGAAUGGAUCUUACAUUAGACAUUUGUUACAAGCUGUCUCCGACCUACGUAAAUUCGAUAAAUACAGUUGUUAAAAUUAUCGGAAAUUUUCCAGGGAUAAUUGUGCCGUUUUGUGUGGGAGAAGUGACGCAUAGGUUUAAAAAUACAAUAACAGUAUGGAGGUAUGUGUGGUCUUUCCAUGGAUCAAUGCUCCUUAUUUGUGGCUGCAUAUUCCUUUUAUGGGGUGACACUAAGACACAAUCAUGGAAUAAUAUACGUCACAGGUGA